AUGAAGAUGAAUAUUGACCAUGUGGCCCAGAGUGUGACUCUCCCUGGCAUGGGUGAAAGAAUGAGGAUGGAGGCAUACAACAACAGCAGCAGCAGCAGCAGCAGCAGCAACAACAGCAGCAGCAGCAGCAGCAGCAGCAGCAGCAGCAGCAGCAUGUCUUUGAGGAACAACCAUACUACCUACCACGGUCCGGUCAUUCCAUUCAGGACAAAAAUCCCAAAUGAGCUCCAGGAUGGACAUGUGGUUAUUGUCAAUGGAUUGGUCUCCUCUUAUACCUGUUGUACUUGGCCUAGGUUUUCUGUGAAUUUUGAGUGUGGGUUCAAUGGAAACGAUAUUGCCUUUCAUUUUAACCCUCGGUUUGAUGGUGGCGGUUAUGUUGUGUGCAACACAAAGCAAGAUGGUAACUGGAAGCCUGAGGUGAUGGUCAAUGACAAUGACUUUGUCUUCUACAAGCAUCAGAUCCCUCUGGAGAAAGUGAACACCCUCGCCAUCCAGGGCAUAGUGCAGGUGUCCUUCAUCCAAUUCCAGCCACCAGUUUCCCCACCCAUGGUGUUGACCAGUCAGCCAUAUCCUUUACCUUUCGCUACAACAGUCACUGGAGGACUCUACCCAUCCAGGAACAUCACUAUAUCUGGCACCAUCCUGCUUACUGCUGACAAGUUCACAAUCAACCUGAAGGAUGGGAAGGACAUUGUCUUCAAUCUGAACCCACGGUUUAAUGAGAAAACCAUGAUCUGGAAUACAAAGAUUCCCCACUCAGAGAAAUCUGAGGAGCGUGGUCUGCUCAGUUUGAUGCCCUUCACCCAAGGUCAGGCCUUCAAGGUGCAGAUCAAAUGCGAAGUCAGCUGCCUCAAGGUGACUGUCAAUGGGCAGCACCAGUUUGACUACAAUCACGGCAUGACAAACCUGAUCUCUAUCGACAAGCUGGAGAUUUCUGGAGACAUCCAGUUGACCCACAUUCAGUUCUAAUUAAGGGCCUACAACCCAGAUGUCCUAGGUGCAGGUGUCUGAUAAUGAAGGGUCUCCCAGCCAGGUGUCCCAGCCUGAAUCUUUCUUCUCUCCCUCCCAUCCUCACUUCUCCCUGGCUGAUUGGACUCUAAGCCCCAAGCUCUCCCCCCACCCCCAUCGGGGAGGAGUUAGAGUAAGCUGCUCUCCUCCCUUGGGAAAGUAGAGAAGUGACAUAUCUUUGUGUCUCCCCGGGUUUCUUGUACCAGUCAAAUCAAUAAUGAUUAGUUCAAAGUAAAGGACCUUUAAAUAGCAGAGUGUGGGUAGUUGAGAAAACAGAAGCAAGCAAUUCCUUUUUGUCUGUAGUUCCUCUAUUUUGUCUCUGAUUGUGUUUGUAUUACAGCUCCUGCCCUUGUCUGCAAUCUUUCUGCUGAAACAGCAAGUAUCCAGAGUUAGAGAAAAGCUAACCCAAUUUCCUUUCCUGUUACAUGUCCUCAGUCUUAGCCCCCAAACUCCAAUAUCAAGCCCUGUCCAAUGAAGGGGGGCCCUGGAUUCAAUUUACCUCCCACCUAACUGAAAUCUAUAUUGCUUUUACCUGGGGGGGGGCAGAGCUCCCUUGAUGGCAAAUUCAAUAUACUCUCAUUGAUUCCUAAACUUA